UACUGUCAUGCUAAUUUUUCGUAGGCCCCAUUAAAUUCAAUUUUAGCCUAAAGGAAAAUUCCAUAGAAGUUGCAGAACUCUAUCAAGCUGGCGUACAUAUACGAAUUAUCGUCUCAAGAAGAAAAAAUAUAUCCACGAUGGUGGUGCGGUGGUGUAGCCGGAGCUCUAGCCCAAUUUUUCACAGCGCCCUUCGACCUAGUUGAGUCACGCAUGAUGGCCGUUAAAAAAGAUAAAACAAUGAUGCAAACCUUGCAACAUGCAGUCAAACACCACGGUUAUUUCUCACUUUACGACGGCCUAUCGGCACAGCUGUUGCGCCAACUAAGCUACACUUCCGUACGUUUCCAUCUGUAUGAGACCGGCAAGCGUUAUGUGGAUGAAUACAAUUUUCUACACAAAAUGUUCAUAGCGAGCAUAGCGGGCUUAGUUGCAGGCGCCGUAGGGAUACCCUCGGAAAUGGUCAAUACCCGCAUGCACAUGGAUCGUAUGCUUCCACAUGAGGAUAGGCGGCGUUACAAGCACGUAUUUCAUGGAUUCUACAAGGUUUGUCAGAAGGAGGGCUGUGGUGCUCUCUACAAUGGGUGGUCGUAUGCAUGUGUUCGUGCCGCCCUGCUUACCAUUGGCCAGAACGCUGUCUAUGAUCAGGCAAAAAAUUAUUAUAUGAAGACAUUUAACUUUAAACACCACAGCAAAACAGUACAUUUGCUUAGUUCCAUAACCGCUGCAUUGGCCUGCAUACCUAUUGUGCAGCCAAUAGAGGUCCUUAAGACCCUGAACAUGCAAGUAAAGGCAGGCUACUUUAAGUCAGUGGGUGAAGAAGUCAAAUAUAUGAUGCGGUUCGGUAUACGUGGCUUGUUCCGUGGCAUUGUUCCGGGCCUCUUACGAAUGUUACCAAAUACCGUCGUUAUUUUCCUUAUCUAUGAGCAGUUGCGUUUGACUUUUGGCUAUACACUGAACGAAAAGAAAUGUAGUUUUGAAUAAAAAAAAGAAGCAUGAUAGAAA